AUCAGGAAUGUAAUUGUGCUACAGACAGUUCUCCAAGAAGUGAGAAAUAGGAGUGCUCCAGUAUAUAAACGAAUCCGAGAUGUGACUAAUAACCAGGAGAAGCAUUUUUAUACCUUCACUAAUGAGCACCAUAGAGAAACAUAUGUAGAACAAGAACAGGGAGAAAAUUCUAAUGACAGGAAUGAUAGAGCCAUCCGAGUAGCGGCAAAAUGGUAUAAUGAACAUUUGAAUAAAAUGUCAGCAGAGAAUCAGCUGCAAGUUAUUUUCAUAACAAAUGACAGGAAAAACAAAGACAAAGCCAUAGAAGAAGGGAUACCAGCUUUCACUUGUGAAGAAUAUGUAAAGAGCCUAACUGCUAACCCUGAACUUGUAGAUCGUCUUGCUUGUUUGUCUGAAGAAGGGAAUGAAAUAGAAAGUGGAAAAAUAAUAUUUUCAGAGCAUAUUCCUUUAAGUAAGCUACAACAAGGCAUAAAAUCUGGUACAUACCUUCAGGGAACAUUUAGAGCCAGUAGGGAAAAUUACUUAGAAGCUACAGUAUGGAUUCAUGGAGACAAUGAAGAAAAUAAAGAGAUAAUUGUACAAGGACUUAAAAAUUUAAACCGAGCUAUCCAUGAAGAUAUUGUGGCUGUGGAACUUUUCCCCAAGAGUCAGUGGGUAGCACCGUCUUCUGUGGUUUUGCAUGAUGAAGGUCAAAAUGAAGACGAUGUGGAGGAAGAAGAAGAGAAAGAAUGCAUUCUGAAGACUGUUGUAAAUGAAAAAAUGUUAAAGCCUACUGGUAGAGUUGUAGGAAUAAUAAAAAGGAAUUGGCGACCAUAUUGUGGCAUGCUUUCUAAGUCGGAUAUUAAGGAGUCAAGAAGACAUCUCUUUACACCUGCUGAUAAGAGAAUUCCUCGAAUUCGGAUAGAAACCAGGCAGGCUUCCACAUUAGAAGGACGAAGAAUUAUUGUUGCUAUUGAUGGUUGGCCCAGAAAUUCCAGAUACCCAAAUGGACACUUUGUAAAAAAUUUAGGUGAUGUUGGAGAUAAAGAGACUGAAACAGAAGUUUUGCUGCUUGAACACGAUGUUCCCUAUCAGCCUUUUUCACAAGCUGUUCUUAGUUUUCUGCCUAAGAUGCCCUGGAGCAUUACUGAACAGGACAUGAAAAACCGAGAAGACUUGAGGCGUCUGUGUAUUUGUAGUGUUGACCCACCAGGGUGUACUGAUAUAGAUGAUGCUCUACAUUGUAGAGAACUUGGAAAUGGAAAUUUGGAGGUUGGUGUUCAUAUUGCUGAUGUUAGCCAUUUCAUUAGGCCAGGAAAUGCUUUAGAUCAAGAAUCAGCCAGAAGAGGAACAACUGUGUAUCUUUGUGAAAAGAGGAUUGACAUGGUUCCAGAGUUGCUUAGCUCUAACUUGUGUUCCUUAAGAUGUGAUGUGGACAGGCUGGCAUUUUCAUGUAUUUGGGAAAUGAAUCACAAUGCUGAAAUCUUAAAAACAAGGUUUACAAAAAGUGCCAUUAAUUCAAAGGCUUCUCUUACAUAUGCUGAAGCUCAGAUGAGAAUUGAUUCCGCAACCAUGAAUGAUGAUAUUACUACUAGUCUCCGUGGACUAAAUAAACUAGCUAAAAUUUUGAAAAAACGAAGAAUUGAAAAAGGGGCCUUGACUCUUUCUUCCCCAGAAGUUCGAUUUCACAUGGACAGUGAAACUCAUGAUCCCAUAGAUCUGCAAACCAAGGAACUUAGAGAAACAAAUUCCAUGGUGGAAGAAUUUAUGUUACUUGCUAAUAUCUCUGUUGCAAAAAAAAUUCAUGGAGAAUUUUCGGAACAUGCCCUGCUUCGGAAACAUCCUGCUCCUCCCCCAUCAAAUUAUGAAAUUCUUGUUAAGGCAGCCAAGUCCAAGAAUUUGGAAAUUAAGACUGAUACAGCAAAGUCUCUGGCUGACUCUUUGGACCAGGCUGAAUCUCCUGCUUUCCCAUAUCUAAAUACUCUGUUAAGAAUAUUAGCCACUCGCUGUAUGAUGCAAGCUGUUUACUUCUGCUCUGGAAUGGAUAAUGAUUUUCAUCACUAUGGUUUAGCAUCACCAAUAUACACACAUUUUACUUCACCCAUCAGAAGAUAUGCAGACAUCAUUGUUCAUAGGUUGUUGGCAGUGGCUAUUGGAGCAGACUGUACUUAUCCAGAGUUGACGGACAAACACAAGCUUGCAGAUUUAUGUAAAAAUCUCAAUUUCCGGCACAAAAUGGCUCAAUAUGCCCAACGUGCGUCAGUGGCAUUUCAUACCCAGUUAUUUUUCAAAAGCAAAGGAAUAAUAAGUGAAGAAGCCUAUAUUCUUUUCGUAAGAAAGAAUGCUAUUGUGGUAUUAAUCCCAAAGUAUGGUUUAGAAGGUACAGUCUUUUUUGAAGAAAAGGACAAACCAAAGCCCCGGCUUACUUAUGAUGACGAGAUGCCUUCACUUAAAAUAGAAGAUACAGUCUUCCAUAUAUUUGAUAAAGUUAAAGUGAAAAUCAUGUUAGACUCAUCUAAUCUUCAGCAUCAGAAAAUCCGAAUGUCCCUGGUAGAACCACAGAUACCAGGAGUAAGCAUUCCUGCUGAUAUUUCAAACAUGGAUAUUAACGAGCCACAAAAAAAGAAGAAGAAGCUUGGAAAAUAAUGGUGUACAACAAGAAACUUAAAAGAUUGGUUUCCAUUUUUUUAAAAAACUUGAGAACACUUCUAAGCCUAAGAAGUGUGUGAUACAGUUUGUUACUUUUAAGUACAUUUUAAUAAUUUUUAAAAUUUGCAUUUUUAUUGAA